AUGAGUCUAGCGCCAGCUCAAGUUCAUGAAACAAAAAUGGCAGCGCCCAUGGAGAAACACGUGAAGAGACCAGGAAUUGGCGUUGGAGUUUUUGUAACAAGCAAGACACAUCCUAAUUGUGUCGUACUUGGCAAACGUAAAGGUUCGACUGGCAGUGGGACUUUCGCCCUUCCUGGUGGACAUUUAGAAUUCGGAGAAGAAUGGGUGGAUUGUGCAAAGAGAGAGACAGAAGAAGAAACAGGGCUUCGUCUCAUGGAUGUUGUCUUCUCAACUGUUGUCAAUGCAAUACACUUGGAGGAAGACUACCAUUAUAUCACAAUAUUCAUGAGGGGUGAAGUGGAUGCAGAAUUUAAGAAAGAUCCAGAAAAUAUGGAGCCUCAUAAAUGUGAAGGUUGGGAAUGGAGAGACUGGAACAGCUUCCCACCAGAUGAUAAACUCUUUUGUGCUCUACGAGUUGCUAGGCAACAGGGACAUAAUCCAUUCUCAUAGGGGAGACAGGCUCCAGCAAUAUAACGAAAGGAGGGCUAUGGUGUUUACAUACCAAGUGAUUUAAUGCAAUUGCAAGGAGUAACCUGAGAACAAGAUAAAAGUGAAGAUUAGAUGUUUAUCCUUAAUCCUAAUAAACAUUGGAAGAAAAGCAUAAAGUUUUUGAGAUUGCCCCAUAUCCUUUGCCUUACUUUAAAUCUUCCAUUUUGAUAAAUUAGGGAAACGCCAUUUCCUUGCAUGUUCCAAAUCAAAGCAUUCUUGUUUGGCAGCAAUAUUUUUAACAGUGCAAAUUGUAUAUUAUUCUUUCCUCACAAACGUUUAAAGGGUUCUUAUUGUUUUAAUAGCUUCAAAUCUAAAAAAAGGAAACAAUAUUUCAUGAAAAAUUCUGCUUUGUAAAUUAUGAAAAAUUAACAAAAUUAACUAAAUUGAAAUACUGGCUUAGUUGUUGUCUUCUUGAUAUUGACUUGUUAAGGUUUUAUGAUUGUUAUGUAAAAGGAGAAUUCCUCUGUGACAUCAAGUAUUUAUAUCAUAUGAAAGAAGAAAAUUAGAGAAUGUAUUAAUGAAAGGUUGACAAACAUACUAAAAAUAACAGUUAAUGAUUUUGUGAAGUUACCUUCAAGCAGCUGCCUCUCAUGUCUUGUGAUAUUAUCCCAUGAAUUCAAAUGAUGUAAUGGUUCAAGAUGACUGAAAGUAUUUCUCUAAUAUACAUGCAUGAUAUGACCGUGUCUAAUGAUAUUAAAUGCACUGGUGUUUUUUUUUAAGUAGCAUUGUAUGCUAUAUCACAAACGGGGAGCUGCUUGGAUUAGACAUCGCAAAAUUAAAAUGUUAAAAAUCUGUCUAUUUUUGUUUUAUGCAGUUUCACCAAACCCUCACUAAUACAUGUUUCUUUUACAAUUCUGCUUUCAUUAAAAAAGAAACAGCUUGACAUGAGGUUGCACUUACCCUCUGUAAAUUAUGCUGAUGAAGAGGACAUCUUAUUCCCUCAGCCCACAUACUUAUCAUCAUUGUUUUUGUCUCACCUGCGAAGCAAAGUGAGACUAUAGGCGCCGCUUUUCCGACGGCGGCGGCGGCGGCGUCAACAU